GAUCUCAUUUAUUUUAAAAUUUGUGAACGACACAACCACUUUCUAUCGAACACUUGCCAGCACUAGCAGGGCUGCCAGAUGGUUGCAACGGGCUGUGUACACAAAUUGGUCGCCUCGCUGAUAAAAACACAAAUUUUGUAAAUAAUUGCUUAAGAUCAAGAGGGUGACCAGCGAAUACAGUUUUAAUAGCAAGCUAUGUGAUUGACAAACGCUGGGGAACAAUAAACACCCGCAAGAUGGCCGACGCCUACUGCCUGACAAACUUUAUUGAUUUUUCGCUGUCGCUGUCGCUGCCGCUGAAACACCACAAUCGCAUCAAGUACACAUGCUUCGACAUCUCCGACAGCUAUAUCAUUUUCGGCGCCUCGUCCGGAUCGCUGUACCUGUUCAAUCGGAACGGCAAGUUCCUGCUCUUGAUACCGAACAAACAUGGAGCGAUCACGAGUCUCAGUAUUUCGGCGAAUAGCAAAUAUGUGGCCUUUGCCACCCAAAGAUCCCUGAUCUGUGUGUACGCGGUUAACUUGUCCGCCCAGGCCACUCCGCAGGUGAUAUUCACUCACCUGGACCAGUCGGUGCAGGUGACCUGUAUCCACUGGACGCAGGACGAGAAGCAGUUCUACUAUGGCGACUCCCGCGGCCAAGUCAGCCUCGUGCUGCUCUCCUCCUUUAUUGGCCACAGCCUGCUGCUCAACAUGACCGUGCAUCCGCUGCUUUACUUGGACUCACCCAUCGUCCAGAUCGAUGACUUUGAGUCUCUGCUUUUGGUGUCCAACUGCACAAAGUGCAUUCUUUGCAACACGGAGUACGAGGAGUACAAGCAGAUCGGAAACCGACCAAGGGAUGGUGCCUUUGGAGCCUGCUUCUUCGUCUCCCCGCAGGAGUCCCUGCAGCCUUCUCGGAUUUACUGCGCUCGACCUGGCAGUCGUGUUUGGGAGGUGGACUUCGAGGGCGAGGUGAUACAAACGCACCAAUUCAAGGCCGCUCUGGCUACUGCACCUGCGAGGAUUCAGCGCCCUGGCAGCGGAACCGACGAACUGGACGCCAAUACCGAGCUGCUUGACUACCAGCCGCAGAAUUUGCAGUUCGCCAAGGUGCAAAGGCUAAACGAGGACUUUCUGUUGGCCUUCACCGAGCUGGGACUGUAUGUGUUUGAUGUGCGACGAUCGGCGGUGGUUUUGUGGUGUAAUCAGUUUGAGAGGAUCGCCGACUGCCGCUCCUCGGGAUCGGAGAUUUUCGUGUUUACCCAGUCGGGUGCACUUUACAGCGUUCAACUGCAAACGCUGCAGUCCCACGCAGUCUCCCUCGUCCAGCAGUCCAAGUUGCUGCCCUGUGCGAACCUCCUUCGACAGCAUGUGCGAUAUUUUGCGGACAAGGCCCGCGAGGAUUACGAGCUGAAGCAGUUGAAUCCGCUGAAGCAGCUGCUGAUCGAACGGCAGGAGUACGAGCUGCUGAAUGAUAUAUCCGUGAUUUUCGAUGCCAUCACCCAGUGCACGGGCAGUGCUUUGGAUACGCACAGUUCUGGAGGCAGUUCGGCCACCACUGAACGCAGUUUGAGCGGCGGCAGUUCAGCCAAAGCGACACCAAAGGGAGUUUACGUUCUGGAGAACGCCUUUUGCGACAACCUUAAACAGCCUGUGAAGUCGGGACACUUCAAGGACGCCCUGCUGACGGUAACUGGUAAAUUCGGCAAGAACAUCAUUAAGUACAAGUUCAAUAUUUUCGCCGAGGAGCAGCAGCAGUUGGUUAGAGAACUGAUCCCGGCCAGCGAGCGCUCGCUGCCGUUCAAGGAUAUUAAGGCGCGCUACGAAUCGGGAUCCGAGGAUCAGGAGGAGGAGAUCGUAACACGCUGCAAGAGGCCGGCUCCCCAGGCGAUCCACAUCAGUCCCGAGGAGAAGACCCUCUACAACCUCUACCUGAUAGCCAAGAGCGCCAAGUUCAGCCGAACGCAGUGCGUCGAUCGCUAUCGAGCGGUCUUCGAUGAGUAUGCAGCUGGGGAGCUGGUGAAUCUGCUCGAGAAACUGGCGAAGGUGAUGGUGGAGCACGGCGAUACGCCGGAUCAAGCGCAACGCAACUGCUACGAGAUGUACUUUGACUACUUGGAUCCGGAACUCAUCUGGGAGGUGGACGAUGCCACGCGGGACCACAUCGCCGCGGGAUUCGUGCUGCUUAAUACGUCAGAGAAUGCGGAGGUUGUCAAGUGUGAGCACUGCUCCUUUCCACUUCGCUUCGACACCUCCUGCCAGUAUCACGAGCUUGGAGCGGUGCUGCUGCGGUAUUUCUGGUCCCGCGGCGAGCAGCUCAAGUGCUUCGAUGUGGUGCAGUCCGUCCCGGCUCUCCUAGAUGUCCUGGCCAAGUUCUACCUGGCCGAACAGAACCUCACCAAGGUGGUGGCCAUUGUGCUGAACUACGGACUGCCUGAACUUCUGGCGGACGUGGGCAAGCAGCUGAACGUCGCCGCUUGGGGUCGCUGCUUCGAGCAGUUCGUGGAGCUGCAGCGCGGGCAACUGGUGUGCGCCAACUGCGAGUGCGUCUCGGGCGUGGAGCAGGAGCAGUUGAGCCGGCACUUCUUUUACAACUGGAACUGCUUCCUCAACAUAGCACUGGAUCACAUGACCGCCGGCGAUACGCUGGCGUUGAUCUUCAAGUGGAGCUCGUACAUUCCAAACGACGCCAUCGACCGGGAGUUCUACUCCCGCUGCCUGCUCAAGGGCUAAUCGAUGGGGCAUUAUUACACAGAUAUAUACGAUACUAUAUAGCCAUAUUUAUUGUUCCCCUAUGUAAUCUCAAGCUAAGGCCAAUACCAAAAGCAUUUAUUCUAUAUAAACAUGUACACCCACGAUAUGUAUAUUCUAAACACGAGAGUACAUGAAUAUAUUUGAGAGUUCGAAA